UCUUUUUCACUAAGACAGAAAUGAUUGGCCAACAACGUAGCCAUGUUUUGAACGUGUUUACUGGAGCUUCCCUCCCGCUGUUUAUGUUUUUUUAACCACCGGGUCCCCGUCAGCCUUAUUUUAGUUGUGUUAGAUGGUAAGAGAAACUCUACAACAUGCCAGUCCACGCCCGUGAAAAGAAAGAAACCAACCACGAGGAUAUGGAGGUGGAUUAUCCAGAGCAAGACGCAAGCAGUUCUGACGAGGAAGAUACUGUAAGCUCAUCUGUUUCUGAAGAUGGAGACAGUUCAGAAAUGGACGAUGAAGACUGUGAGAGGAGGAGGCUGGAAUGCCUUGACGAAAUGACAAACCUUGAGAAGCAGUUCACGGACCUCAAAGAUCAAUUGUACAAAGAGAGACUGAGUCAAGUUGACCUCAAGCUGCAGGAAGUCAUUGCUGGCAAUGCUCCGGAGUACUUAGAACCUCUUGCCACCCUCCAAGAAAAUAUGCAGAUCAGAACCAAAGUAGCAGGCAUUUAUCGUGAGCUCUGCCUAGAGUCUGUGAGGAAUAAGUAUGACUGUGAGAUGCAGGCUGCCAGUCAACACUGGGAGAGUGAGAAGCUGCUGCUGUUCGAUACGGUUCAAAGUGAGCUGGAGGAGAAGAUAAGACGCCUGGAGGAAGAUCGGCACAGUAUAGAUAUUACCUCAGAAUUAUGGAAUGAUGGCGUGCAGUCCAAAAAGAAUAAGAAGAAGGAUCCAUUCACCUCUGGCAAGAAGAAGAAGCCUGUCCUUGUAUCAGGGCCAUAUAUUGUUUACAUGUUGCAAGACUUGGAUAUACUUGAAGACUGGACAGCAAUACGAAAGGCAAUGGCUUCUAUGGGACCACACAGAAUGAAAGUGGAUGUUCCAUCAAAGCCUGAGAAGCAUCACCACGUUGCUCGCUCGGAGGAUGGGCGUCUGUUCUACGAUAACAAGUGGUACUCCAGAGGACAGGCCAUCUGCAUCAACAGGAAGGACGAGUGCCCUACCAGUGCCAUCAUUACCACCAUCAACCAUGAUGAGAUCUGGUUUAAACGGCUGGAUGGCAGCAAAUCAAAGCUUUACAUCUCACAGUUGCAGAAAGGAAAAUACACCAUCAAGCACUCCUAGUGGCCGCCAAACACAGCCGGUCUCCAUCAUCCCCUAGUGCUAGAGACGGCUCCUUCCCGUGUUCUCUGUUGCCAUCGCAACCCGGCCUUUGCCGUCCACCUCCAUGUAUCCCCCUUUCGCUCUUAAGUUUGCCAUUCAAAGGAGAAGGGCAAGUAAGGCUUGGUAGCGUCUUUGUACAUAAGGAUGUAUGUAUAUGAGUUGACAUGAUGAGGCCAUAUUUUUACACUCUAAUGUUGUCAAGGAGAAAGAUGUGCUGCUAUAAGAAAAAGGGGGUUUGAAGGGGUGGGGGUGCCAAGAAACGGUGACUGUGUGUGUGUUUGUUUGUGUGUGGGGGGUGGGGGGGGUGUCUGUGAGUGUGCCUUGGAUAAGGUAAGGUUCCUGACCUGAAGCGUCCCUCUGUUGUAGCCAUGAAUAUUGGUGCAAAAUGAGUGGUGACUUCAAGAAAGUCGUUUACGAAAUGAACACGUCGACAGUAGUCGAUUCAAAAGAGAUUUGUGACUGCCACAAGGGGUUGCCUGCCAGUGGCAAUGGAGUUGAGUUUUAAGCUGAGACAGAUCAUUGAACAAUGCACUUUGCUUGUUUCCAGUCUUUGGAAAUGUAUGUAUAUAUGCCUGCUGCUGCAUUGAAGUUGUUGGGUGUCAUUAUCACAUACUAAGGACGUUAUGGGCGUAUAUCAGUAUUUAAGAUGGCACAACCUCUACAAACAAAUGGGCAGAGUCUCAAUUUGUUUUAUCGUUAUAAUUUAAUACAUAUUAACAUGACUGUCACGACUAACACAACUGUUACAAGCUCUCCCUUGGAUACUCUGUGAGCAGUGAUGCUGGAUUAGUUGUAUUGAAUGUCACACAAACAGUAAGAACCCUGGAAGGCAGCUUCAUAUCUGAACAGUACACAAGACCGUGUCCUCUUUAUGAAAGCGUAGUAGUCCUUGUAGUGGUCUUGUCUUUUUUCCCCCUUUCCAUAUAUUGGCAGUUGCCCUUCAGAUCAUCUUGUGUCUGAUAUGAAAUCCAGUUGCGUUAAACUGCAUGCCCAAAGAAGUGCACGUAUCACAGGGCUGCAAAGUCUUGCAAGUAAAAUGCGUUUGGUUGCUGUCAUUAUGAUUUUUUAAUUUAUGCUGUUCUGUCUGUACUCUUACCUCGAUAGAAAAUGUAGCACUGAACUUCUUGUUGAACCACUUCUUGCCAUCACCUUGCACCUUUUUUGAUGUUUUUACUUUUUUUUUAAAGUGCAUUUUAUUGUCCAACCCAUUUGAAAGAGGAAGCUGUUGGACCAGAUGCCAACUGAAUAGCAGACAAAUACUGCUGCUUGUUUAUAACAGUCAGUGUUCAUUAUUUAGGUCAGUUGUUCCUCAAAUUAGAAUCCAUAUUUGCCACCAUGCAUUCUUCUGUCACUUUUAUUUUCCACCAGAGUCUUUAUUGACUUAAUAAAGAAUGAACUGAAAUGA